AUGUCGAAAACUGAUGAGAAACUAGUGGAUGAAGAGCCGAAAGACGAGCAAACCGCGAAAUUUCUUCACAAGCUCGCGGAAAAUGGAAAAGAAAGAAAAUUUCCGGAUUGUUUAGUGGCUCACUAUGAGAAACAGGCGUGGGAAGCGUGCAAAUCCGACGAGAAGCAUCGUUGCUGCGCAAAGUGCGGAAUGCCACCACCGCCGCCAAUCGAAAAAAAUUGCGAGCAUGUCAACGAGAAAGACAUUGGUUUGGAGAAGGAAAUUCGAGAAAAAUCGAAAAAGGAGGAGUCGCUCAAGAAGCAAGAACAGCGAAAAUCUCUAAAACGAGCUGCCGAGAAGGAGGAAGAGGCUCGUCAGCCGCCACGUCAGAUGCCAAGAAAAGUAGUUCCACAAGUGGCCAAAAUGGAACGUGAAAGAGCGGCAGCUCGUCAAAAAGCAGCGGAACAGGCACGCCUUCAAACACUUCAAAAAUCGAAUAAUCAGAAGAAAAAAGCGAAAUUGGUCGUCGAAAAAGAGCCGGAAUUCUUGCAAAAGUUGUUCGGAAUCGGAGCAAAUCCUGUUUAA